AUGUCGUUGUCCUCCAGGCUGCUCAGGAACGCGAAGCCGGCGCCCAAAGCGGCCGAGAGCGCCACGGGCACGAGCAGGAAGGGCCACGGGUGCGCGCCCACCUGGGCGCCCAGGGCCCGCAGCGCGCGCGACAGGGGCCUCUCCACGCAGUCCGUGUGGCAGUCGAGGCGCGCCAUCGCCUCCUUUCCUGGAACUUUUUCUAUUUCUCCUCACAGCGGCGAAGAGAGCCGGACUCAGGACGGAAUUAAGACCGUUAUCCGAGUAAGCCAGGCGUAGGGCAGCCCGGCCCCACUUAGCACGAGUUUCUGAAACAUCUCGAAAAGGGGGAAUUGAGCGGGAAAAGAUGGUAAAAAUGGCCGCUGGGCGGAGGUUCGCCGUCCGGGAAACGCCCAUCCGCUAACCGCCUCAGAAGUCGGUUGGGGGGGGGAUUCUGAGGGAAACCCCCUUCAGCGAAGGCAUCAGUUUCUUGUUUGCAAUCUGGCUGCUAUGUCUGAGGGAAACUCCAGAGAAAAUCCAGAACGAGAGGGCCCAGUGCCUUUUUAAGCCAAGAUGCAAUGAAAGUGAUCUUUUAACCAGUAACCCGUUUAACUGGGAAUUUCCUUCUCGACAGUCUUUUUUCCGCAAGGGAGGGCGACCUGCGGCUCUCCAGAUGUGCUUGAUGACUGGCCGUUCUGGAGAGGGAGUCCUAACAUCUGGAGGGCCACUGGUUCCCCACAGUUAAUCUAGGUUGUGUUUAGAAAAACAGAUGCAUAUAUACCAUAUUUUUCGCCCCAUAGGAUGCACUUUUUUCCCUCCAAAAAUGAAGGGGAAAUGUGUGUGCGUCCUAUGGGGCGAAUGCAGGCUUUUGCUGAAGCCUGGAGAGCGAGAGGGGUUGGUGCGCACCGACCCCUCUCGCUCUCCAGGCUUCGCGCACCGGGCUCCCACGGCUUGCAGAGAGUUGCCUGUUCUGGGGUCGGGGGAAGCUCGGGUUUCCCCCGCGCCUGGGGGGAAAAUAAAUCCCCCCCCUUUAUUUCCCCCCCAAAAAACUAGGUGUGCCUUAUGGGAUGGUGCAUCCUACAGGGCGAAAAAUACGGUACUAUAUUGUUACAGACCGGAACCAUUUGUUAUCCUCAGCAAACUUAGCCGCUUCCCUGUUCACCCCCAAUUCCAGAUCAGUGUGAACUGGUUAAUUUAUUUUUCCUCACUUCACAUAAGCUUUCCUGCUUACAAGGAGGAGCAAGUACUUAUUCAGGACAUUGAAAUUCUGCUACCUAUACACACCCUUCGGAGUCCUGUGGCAUUAGAGGCAUCACCAGAGAUCAUCCACACAUUUUCAAGCCUGUCUUUGCAACCCUAACAACUGGAACAUUUCCAGGGGAAAAAGAAGCUGAAAAUAUAAAGGCGCCAAGUAAUGCAUUUGCAUUUUUUGUGUUUGCACGGCACAAUCGCAGUACUAGCCAGAUUCCCUUGAUUUGCUAGCUCAUCAUCAUUUGGAUGAGCUCCAGCCUAAUGAAAUGCUGGAUCAGGGAGAAAGUUGGGUUAUUCUUUCAGUCCUUCCAAGAAUUUUACUAUGCAAGCUGGUGUAUCUUUCAAAGACUGUGUUCACACUUCUGUUUACUGUACACUUGCCGCAUUUCCAGUGCAGAGUUUUUAAUUCAUGUUCCCAUGACAUGUUAUGUAUUUUGUACUCCAUUAUAAAAUAUUGCUGACUGGAGUCCUUAAGCCACUCCUAAUUUGUCUCUCCUGCCAUCAGCACCCUCAAAGAGAAACAAAUCUGACAGUAAUGAAGCUGUCCUGAUGAGAACAGUUGAAGGCAGAAAGAGGCAUGAAACACACUGGCGGGGGGACGACGACAACAACAACUUACCGUAUUUUUCGCUCUAUAACACGCACCCGACCAUAACACGCACGUAGUUUUUACAGGAGGAAAACAAGGAAAAAAAUAUUCUAAACGAAACAGUGGAUGUAUGAUUUUUGUGGUUCAUGCUGUGGCCAGAGACAUGUGAUCUGACAGUGAGUUUGGACUGGCCCAAUGCAAAAAUCCUGAGGAUCCAUGUGGAUCCAUGCUUUGUAACCACGUUUUUGCACCACUGCAGCCCCAGGCAACAGUGGGUGCGUGAUUUUUUUGGUGCAAGAUGUAGCCAUGGACAUGCUAUAUGAUCUGAUGGUGAAUUUGGGGUGAUCCAGUGCAAAAAUCCUGAGGAUCCAUGUGGAUCCGUGCUUUGUAACCACGUUUUAAGUGGGGAGGGAAGGAAAAGCACUCAAGGGACAAGGAGCAUGCAUGGGGUGUGUGGAGAAGGAUGCUGCUAAUAAUGCAGAAGAAGGGUUUAAGGGGAGAAGAAGCAGGCGUGGGAUGGGUGGAGAAGGAUGCUGCUAAUAAUGAAGAAGAGGGGUAUAAGGAGAGAAGGCUCCUCUCCUCUCCUGCUUUGCUCCUUUAAAGCAAGCAGGCUCUGCUUUUCUCCCUCCUCCCCGCUCACCCUCAGCUUAGCGAGCUGAAAAACUUUGCUGCUAUUUAGCGAGCUGAGUGGAGAGGAGAGAGGGACAGAGAGCCUGCUUGCUUUAAAGGAACCAACCGGACAGGAGCCGCUUACACUCGUAUAAGCGGCUCCUCUCCUCUCCCGCUUUGCUCCUUUAAAGAAGCAGGCUCUCUGUCCCUCUCUCCUCCCCACUCCGCGGCUCUUCUCCCGCUUUGCUGUUUCAAAGCGAGCCACAGAGGAGGGAAGGAAGGGGAACCAUGGAUCCUCUGCUCACGACUGCAGCAGAUCCCCCCCGCCACCCGUAGGCAUUCCCUCCAUAACACGCACAGACAUUUCCCCUUACUUUCUAGGAGGAAAAAAGUGAGUGUUAUGGUGCAAAAAAUACGGUAAUAGCACUCUGAGGCAGGAAUGUGAACACACCCCAAGUAUUAAAAAAAUUGUAUUUUACUUUCAGUUUUACUUCUUAUGCACAUGACCUGAUUGUUUAAGGAACUUGCUUGCUGCUGCAUCUGCUGUUUUGAUAGUAUUUAGCUCCUUCUGAUAAAAAAAAUUAAUGAUGGGUGUGCCACGUAUAAAUAUAUAUAUAUUUUAAAAGCUUGCUGAAGACCAGCUAGGAUCCAGAAGAGCAAAAAGGCACAGUUCUUUAAAGCUAGCACUAAGAAGAUUUCACAGAGGUUGAAUGAAGCAGUUUCGGAAUAAACUGUGGGGAGAAACUGCAGAUUCACAAGAGUUCAUGAAUCUAGAAAUGAUUAUAAUUAUGUGAUUGCCAAGCAAGUUCUGUUCAAUGCCACAGUGAAGGGUUUUUGGGUGAAACGUAAUUUGGGACACAAGUAAGGCUUAUAUGAGGGGCUUCGGGAUACAACAAAUAAAUGGCAUGGAAAAAUAAAAGAAAGGAAAAUAAUAUUCAAGAAAUAAUAAGACAGAUAAGAGACAAAAUGAAUUGAUCAAAAACCCCAAAAAUGAAAAAGUAAGCCAAAAAUAAAGAUCUUACAAUCACAUAUUUCCAACUUAUUAAAAUAAGGAAGUAGAAAGUAAAAUAAAAUGCAUGAGACAAAAUAUAUUUUGAAUUGGCCAAUAAAGCCAGCAGGAUGCUGGCUUGGUUAAUAAAAGAAAAACAAAUAGAAUCAUAAACAAAAUAAUAGAUCAAGGAGAAGAAACUACUGACCCGGAAAAAAUUAAACAAAGUUUUAUAAAUUACUACAAAAAGCUGUAUAAAACAGAGUUUAAAGAUUAAAACAAAAUAAAAAGAGUAUUUGUUACAGAAUAAUUUACUGUCAAUAUUAGAAGAAGAAUAUAAAUAUUUAAAUGCCGACACAGAAAUAGAAGAAACUGCAAUUAAAAAGAUGACAAACGGGAAAUCGCCAGGUCCUGGCGAAAUUUCAAUGAGAAUCAUGUAUGUAUAGACAUAAUGUAUGGAUCACAGAAUUUUACAUGUACCACCUGCUUCCCCUAAAAUAUUGCAAAGAAUCAUGGCAACAGCACAAUGAUGAACAAAUGUGAGUGAUCCAGGAGACCACCCAGAAACUUAUUAAGAGGUGUAUAAAUCACCUAAGUAAAUACAUAAAUCUAUAUUUUAACUGGGGCUGCAUUAUCUUUCUCUCAUGUGCUAAAGAGAGCAAGUAAGGACACAGAGGAGAGCAAAAUUUCCAAACAUUCCUUGGCUUCCCAUCAGCUGGAAAAUGUAGCCACGGAAAUUUCCUUACUAUGCAACAGACUGCCCCAGCUCGACAUACUAAAAUCAUAUGCCUUUCAUGCUAUAAAUAUAAAUGAACCGCAUCUGCGCACCUAGUUACCAUAUAUGCUAACAAUCAAUAUAAGAUGUUGAUUAGCAAUAGCUCUUACUGAUUCUCCAGAUUUAAUUCUAUUUAAUUCUUGUCACCUAGGCAGUCCAGGGCCCCUAUGCACACUGCCCAGGCAUUCACCCUGGGGAGAUCACUAGGUGAUGUGACUUCAGACCCAGAGGUGCACUUGAUAGUCUCUGGAGACAGAUAGAUGCCAACAACAGUUCCUCCAACAAUAAAUUCCACAAUGCUUUGAAGUUGUAAAAGAUAUGGAACAGUAGGUAGAGAAAUAAAUGUCGUGACAAAAUCAUUCCCAUAUUUCUGCUGUAGUUGGUUAAGAUAAUUAAAUAGCAACUAUAAUUCUCUGUGUGCUUGUUUUUUAAAAUAAAAACCAUGUUUAGGACUCUCUAAGAUGAUGUACUUUCAACACAUAUGGAAAAAUCUGCAGGCCUCACUAAAGCUGAAAAGGAAAAAAAAAGGGUUUUGUUUUUGUCAAAAUCCAGAGGAAGAAAAAUAAAAGCCAAAGCCUUAAAACGGUUCAGAAAAAUAAAUCUUCCUGAAAUCUUUAGUCUCAAAGUCUCUGACAAUCUUUAAAUGAAGCGAGGUACCAGACUUUGUACGAUGAAAGACAAGCUGUGAAGUUUUGUGUAUUCAGCAAAUAUGAUGUCUAACACUGAACAGUGAUUCCGGAUAUUGACUACUGUUACGUAGAAUUCUUCAUCAGCGUGGUUAGUAGCACAUUGUUAGUAGCACGUUGUUAGUAGCAGUGACUACAUUAUUACAUGUACAACUCCCAUAAACCCCGUUGCCCCGUGUGUCAUAACCAUGCUGGAUGGGGCUGAUGGUCAUAGAAUCAUAGAGUUGGAAGAGACCACAAGGGCCAUCGAGUCCAACCCCCUGCCAAGCAGGAAACACCAUCAGAGCACUCCUGACGUAUGGUUGUCAAGCCUCUGCUUAAAGACCUCCAAAGAAGGAGACUCCACCACACUCCUUGGCAGCAAAUUCCACUGUCGAACAGCUCUUACUGUGAGGAAGUUCUUCCUAAUGUUGAGGUGGAAUCUUCUUUCUUGUCGUUUGGAUCCAUUGCUCUGUGUCCACUUCUCUGGAGCAGCAGAAAACAACCUUUCUCCCUCCUCUAUGUGACAUCCUUUUAUAUAUUUGAACAUGGCUAUCAUAUCACCCCUUAACCUCCUCUUCUCCAGGCUAAACAUGCCCAGCUCCCUUAGCCGCUCCUCAUAAGGCAUCGUUUCCAGGCCUUUGACCAUUUUGGUUGCCCUCCUCUGGACACGUUCCAGUUUGUCAGUGUCCUUGAACUGUGGUGCCCAGAACUGGACACAGUACUCCAGGUGAGGUCUGACCAGAGCAGAAUACAGUGGCACUAUUACUUCCCUUGAUCUAGAUGCUAUACUCCUAUUGAUGCAGCCCAGAAUUGCAUUGGCUUUUUUAGCUGCCGCGUCGCACUGUUGGCUCAUGUUAAGUUUGUGGUCAACCAAGACUCCUAGAUCCUUUUCACAUGUACUGCUCUCAAGCCAGGUGUCACCCAUCUUGUAUUUGUGCCUCUCAUUUUUUUUGCCCAAGUGCAAUACUUUACAUUUCUCCCUGUUAAAAUUCAUCUUGUUUGUUUUGGCCCAGUUCUCUAAUCUGUCAAGGUCGUUUUGAAGUGUGAUCCUGUCCUCUGGGGUGUUAGCCACCCCUCCCAGUUUGGUGUCAUCUGCAAAUUUGAUCAGGAUGCCCUUGAGUCCAUCAUCCAAGUCGUUGAUAAAGAUGUUGAAUAAGACCGGGCCCAAGACAGAACCCUGUGGCACCCCACUAGUCACUCUUCUAUAGCCUUAUGAGGCUUUGCCCUCGGGUGGGAAAAAUAUUGCGCCUGGGAAAGGGAAGUGGGAGUCAACAGACACUCAAGGAAUAGUUUUGGAGAAAAGGGUUUUUAUUUCUACCAUUCAUGAACUGGUAGAAGGAGCAAGUGUGAUAGUUCACAAAAAGCAUGCACAAGUUCACAGUCAUGUGCACAAGCAUAUAUACCCAUUUCCAGUUCCCUCCCCCUUUCUCCUCCCUCAGGAGUCCUUCCCAUGAGUUCCUCUGAGCAUGAACAGAAAGCUGUCUUGGGACUAUUGGACUCUUCCCAGGAAAGGGGAAUGAGAGUGGUUCAGCAUGUCCAAGAAGUUGCAACUAGGAUAAGAUUCAUUUCCCAGGCCUGCUAUGAACAGAGCCUAUUCAUUAGCCUUUAAAAGUAACAUUUUGCCUUUUGCCACGGCAUCUUGUGAGAAGAGCAGAGAAAAGCUGUUUUGGAUUUUUAGAAGACAAAAGGAGUUUUGGACAGUUUUGAGGCCUGGUGUGAUUAUUGAAGCCUGGGGUGAUUUCACAGACAGGAUUUAGGUAUUCUGUCCCUUCAGUGGGAGUUGUAGUCCCAAACAUCUGGAAGGCACCAGGUUCAGAAAGGCUGGUCUAAAGUGCUGUUUCAUUUCCUAAUUAGGUAAACUUAGUUCAUAGGGGCAUAGAAAAGGGAAUAUAUCACAUGCAAAAUCAUCCAAGCUUUUGUAAUAUGCCACAUCUAAUUUUGUUUUGUUUCCUAAGAAAAGAUCCUUGCUUGUUUCAUUAAUAUAGCAGCAGUAUGGGAUUUUAUCACUUCCUAUGUAUUAUAUUUUUAUCCUACUUCUCCAUUUUAAACAUUUGUUGCAAAAUAAUAAAAUGCCCCUUUUGAUUUGGUUAUUAGCAACCUUCUUCACAAAAUGAAGGUUCCUCAUCUUGUGUCUUUGAGGUGCAUCACCAACCAAAGCAUGUUGGCAUGUUAUUAUUUUACAAAGAUCAAUGAUUUCAUGAGGAUUUAGUUUUAUGAACCAUUUUGAAUCAUCUUCUUUUGCUUCUUUUGUUUUUGGUGUUUUCCCUUUUACUUUUGCAGCUUUACCUGGAGUGGCUGGUUUUUCCAUGUGUGAUGGAAUUAUAUCAUGAACAUGGUUAUUAAAAACAAGCACACAUAGAAUUAUAGUUCCUAUUUAAUAAUUUGAGCCAACUUCAGCAGAAACAUGGGACUGAUUUUCAUCACGGAUACCGGUAUGUGUUUCUCUACCUACUGUUCCACAUCUUAUUUUAAAACUUUGAAGUAUUGUGGAAUUUGUUUUUGGAGGAAUCGGACUUGGAGGAAGGGAUCAAUUUCCUUCAUCUUCAUCUGUCGCCAUCUUGGUAUAAGGAAACAUUUUUUCUAUUUACGGAUUUAUUCUAGGCAUAACCAAAUUUUGCUUGUUGAACCUUGUCUCAUUAGAUAAGUGUUAAAGCAUUCCGACUCCUUUUGAAUUACAUUGAUUGGUUUAUUCCUUAAUGAUUCGGUCAUUUUUGCGAGUUCCAAGUACUUGCUUAACUUUACUUCCCAUUCUUCUCUAGUAGGGAUCUGUUCACUUUUCCAGUACAUGGCUACCAGUACCCCAGCUGCCGUCACUACGUAUAGAAAUAAUAUUGUUCUUUCUUUUGGGAUAUCCUUGGUUAAAAUCCCAGGAAGGAAUGCUUCUGGUUUUCUGGGAAAUGUGAAUGUUAAUAGUUUUUCCAUUUCUUCAUAGAUCGUGCCCCAGAAUUUUUAAAUUCCUGGGCACAACUACCAGACAUGAAAGAAGGUUCCCACUUGUGAUUUACAUCUCCAACAUUUGUUAUUGUGGCUUUUGUUGAUUUUCGCCAGUUUUACCAGGGUUAAAUACCACAUGAACUGCAUUUCCAUGAAGUUUUCUUUAAUUUGGUGACAUGCCGUGAAUUUUAAUUUUAUCUUCCAUAGCUUCCUCCAUUUUUCUAAUUCUAUCAGAUGACCUAGGUCUUGUGCCCACUUUUUCAUUACAUCUUUUAUUUCUUUGUCUUUUAAAUUCCAAUUUAAGAGUAGCCUAUACAUUUUUGAAAGUUUUUGUUAUUAUUUUGUAAUCAUUCUUUCUCUAAAUUUGAGGUUUUGUUAUUGAAUCCUUUCAUUUUUUGUCUUUUUCUAGGGCUGCAUAUAGCUGGUGGUAUUCUAGCCAGGUUAUUCCUAACUUUUUUAACUCUUCAUGUUUCUUCAAUUUAGGGCAGUUGUUUUGUUCUUCUACUAAGUCCCUAUAAACUGGCCAGUUAUUCCUCGUGUGUUUUUGUUUGUGUGCGUAUUGCUGUUGCUUCGAUAGGUGAGAGCCACCAUGGGGUUUUCAGUUCAGUAGUGGUAGAUAUCUUUCCCAUACAGUGUACAGGGCUUUCCUCACUAUAUGAUUUAGGAAUCCUCUAUGGUUCCUAACUUUGUCAUGUCCUAAAUAACCAUGCCAACCAUAGACAUUGUCCCAGCCCUCUAUGUCCAAUAUUUCCGUAUUUUUUUAACAACAUCCAAUCUUUGAUCUAGGUCAGACUUGACGCUUCGUAAUAUAAUUUAAAAUCUGGGACUGCAAAGCCUCCUCUAUCCAUAGUCUUCGUUAAUAGUUUAAAUUUUAUUCGUGGCUAUCCCCCCGCAAGAUAAAUUUUGCAAGGUCUUUCUGCCAGUCUCUAAAACAUUUAACCCCAUUAAUGAUUGGUAUAGUUUGAAAUAAAAAUAACAUCUUUGGAAGUAUUGUCAUUUUGAUUAUUGACAUCCUUCCCCACCAAGACAAAUUUAGCCUUCCCCAGGUCUCCAAAUCUUUUUAUUUAUUUGUAUAAGUUUAUAUUUUUGUUUGUAAUCCAAACGCCCAAAUAGUUCACUUGGUUAUUUUUAAUCCUGUUGCUCAUUCUAGUUCUUUCUGCUCUUUUUUGUUUAUAUUUUCCACUAAUAAUUUGGAUUUAUCUUUAUUUAGUUUGAACCCCGAGACUUUCCCAAAUUAAUUCAUUUUUAAAAUGGUUUCCUGUAUAUUCUCGGCCGGAUUUUCAGUGGUUAUGAUGACAUUGUCUGCGAAGGCUUUAAGCUUGUAAUACCUAUUUCCUAAAUUGAUACCUGGUAUUUUUGGUUCAUUCCUUAUGGCUGUUAAUAAAGUUUCUUGUAUAGUAAUAAACAAAAGCGAUGACAGAGGGCAUCCUUGUCUUGUUCCUUUUUAAAUGUUGAACUCUUCCGUAAUUUCAUUAUUUAUAAUUAAUGUUGCUUUCUGAUUGGCGUAUAUAGCUUUGAUUCCGUUAAUUAUCUUGUUUCCUAGUCUCAUUCCUUCGAUAGUUUUCAAUAGGAAAUCCCAUGAAGCACUAUCAAAGGCCUUUUCAGCAUGUAAGAUUGUGUGAUCCAUACAUUAUGUCCCUGCUUUCCCUAAAAUAUUGCAAAGAAUCAUGGCUACAGCACAAUGAUGAACAAAUGUGAGUGAUCAAGGAGCACCACCCAGAAACUUAUUAAGAGGUGUACAAAUCACCUAAGUAAAUACAUAAAUCUGUAUUUUAACUGGGGCUGCAUUAUCUUUCUCUCAUGUGCUAAAGAAAGCAAGUAGAGACACAGAGGAGGGCAAAAUUUCCAAACAUUCCUUGGCUUCCCAUCAGCUGGAAAAUGUAGCCACGGAAAUUUCCUUAUUAUGCAACAGACUCUGCCCCAGCUCAACAUACUAAAAUCAUAUGCCUUUCAUGAUAUAAAUAUAAAUGAACCGCAUCUGCACACCUAGUUACCAUAUAUGCUAACAAUCAAUAUUCUACUAAGUCCCUAUAAACUGGCCAGUUAUUCCUCGUGUGUUUUACAUGUAAUAAUGUAGUCACUGUUACUAACAAUAUUUUUUGAACAACAUAUAAAGUCAACUACAGGUGGUAUAUGAGCACUGUUCCACAGCAUUUGAUAUUUUCAUUUACAUACAUUCAUUCUAAAUAUGAUGGGGUAUGUACUCUUUUUCAUUACUGUUUGUAUUAUAAUUUAUAAUUUUUGUAAAGUGGUAUGUGCAUGCAGGUCAUCGUCUGUAAAAUUUUAUUUUCAGUUUAGGAAGCAAUUCUAUAUCCUCCCACCACGCUGACGAAGAAUUCUACGAAACAGUAGUCAAUAUCUGGAAGCACUGUUCAGUGUUGGACAUCAUAUUUGCUAAAUACACAAAGCUUCACAGCUUGUCUUACAUCGUACAAAGUCUGGUACCUCGCUUCAUUUAAAGAUUGUCAGAGACUUGAGACUAAAGAUUUCAUUUAGUACUUGUUAUGGUUUGAAGGAAUUCUAUAAAGAUUGUUUAUUGCAUAUGUACAUGGUCAUCGUGUUGCCUAGACAUUGCUGACAUACUCUUUGCAACACAGGGGUUUUGUUUGGUUACUUCCAGAUUUUUCGGGCUACAACUCCCAUCAGCCCCAGCUAACAUGGCAGUGGGGUUUAUGGGAGUUGUAGCCCAAAACAUCUUAAGAGCAUCAGGUUGGGAAAGACGGCUUUAAACUUCAGCAAACUACAGGGAUUUAGUACAGGGAGCAGGAGACUAUCUGACUUGACUAGUCCAAGCCUUCUCCCUCGCCACAAGGCAGGCCCACUUACCAAAUACCCCAACCAACUCUUACCAGAAAGACCACAGCCUGCCACAAGGAGAAAAUAGUUGCACUGCAUGCAGAAAGCUGCUUAUAAGGCAAAAAACCCAAGGUGAAAUCUUCCAAAUGUGAGUGAUCAAGGAGCUGUGUAGGAAACCUGCUUGAAUAUGUUACACCUAUUAUCCAUCUGCUAUUUUUGUGCCCUUGAUUGUUAAUAUAUGUAGGCAAUCCAUUUUUUUAUUUUAAAAAAUGUUAUUACAGUCUCAUAUAUUGAUAAGAGUGUUGUGAGUGCCAGAACCAAAAGGACAUUUAGGCAGCCACAAAACAGGUGUUGGCACUCCAUAAUGAUGAGUAUUGCCACAAAAAACCCUAUAUGCAGAACAAACCAGGAGAGCAGUAACAAGUCAGAUUAGUGAGCAGAAGAGCAAGAUUCACAUUAAUAUCAUAGAAGCCCUAUUAACUACAUAUAUUGUCCAAACAUACUCCCAAAGAGCUGAAUGUUUUGUCCUAGGACAAACACUUAGUAUUAUAUAGGUGUAAGGCUUACUGGAUUUUCACUUUAAACUCUGUAAAUCCUAAUGGACACAAUGAUUUAGCCUCAUACUUGUAACAUCUUUUUGCAGUUAAUCACAUGAGAAGGUAUUAUCACAGCAAUUAUAAACUAUGGCUCACAGAAGCUGAGUUUAUUCUGUUUCGCCCUAUGUAUUAUUUGAGUGAAAUACUUCAUCUUAUAGGGGACGCGGGUGGCGCUGUGGGUUAAACCACAGAGCCUAGGACUUGCCGAUCAGAAGGUCGGCAGUUCAAAUCCCCGCAACGGGGUGAGCUCCCGGUGUUCAGUCCCAGCUCCUGCCAACCUAGCAGUUCGAAAGGACAUCAUAGUGCAAGUAGAUAAAUAGGCGGGAAGGUAAACGGCGUUUCUCUGUGCUGCUCUGGUUCGCCAGAAGCGGCUUAGUCAUGCUGGCCACAUGACCUGGAAGCUGUACGCCAGCAAGUUGAGUGAGCAACACCAGAGUCGGCCACGACUGGACCUAAUGGUCAGGGGUCCCUUUACCUUUAUUUACUUCAUCUUAGGUAAGUGCUCUAAUUGUGUUUGUGUAGAUGUGUGUGUGUACACACACACACAUAGAUAUCUGAAUGUAUGGAGAGGGAAAGAUAGUAUGUAUUAUUAUGCUGUAUUUACAUAGCACAUUGGACUUAAAGCUAAGAAUUCAUCAAUGCAAAAAUGCUACGUGGUAAAAAGAAUUUCUUUUGGUCAGAUGACAAAGCAUCAUAUUUUUUUUGGAGAAGCAGAAGUCUGUAUUCAAUUGGAAAGCAAAAUCUGAAAGUUGCACUCCGUGGGAACUUCCCAAGCAUGAUGUAAUGGAAAGGUUACCAUGACAAAAUGAUAAGCUAGCCAACUCGAAACCUUUAUAAAUGAAAGAUGCAAGGAAAUCUCAGCAGUUCUAGCACUUAUAGAACCUUAGUAUAUGAGGACUUGCCCCCACUAUGGUUAUAGCUACUUAGCGAACUUCGAUGUAUACACAGCACAGAAGAUUUCACCAGCAAACUUCAAAAAGCUGUGUACAUUAAAACAACUGGAGGUGAGUCUGAAUAGCCUACUGUUCUAUGUAUUGAUGACUUUGAUUGUUGUACAAGUUUACUUUACAUAAGAAUAUUGUCUGUUCCUUCAUUUUUUUUGCAUUUUUAUUUUAAUGUUUGCAGUUUACAAGUAUCUGGGACCCAAAUAGUUUAUUUGCUGUGGGCAUGCUGGGUAAAAUUUUGAAAUCCUUUAUAUUCUAAUAGCAGCACAGCUUCCUCUAUUCUGUCCUUUGCAUACCUCAUACCUUGCAGAAGGCCUGGUUGUGCUGGAUGUGGCAUGCAAUUUGCACCAAAUGUUGUUUGAGUUCUUUUUUUACAAAAUGUGGCCAUAGAGGUUGCAAUAGAAGAGGCUAUCUGCUGUUUUACUGCUACAAAAACAGUAAUAAUUCCAGUUAGCUUUAUAUACACUAGUGGCUAAAAUUGUGGAAACCUUUUUUAAAAAGCAUAUUUCCGAGGUUUGAUGGCUCAUAAUGUAAUGAAUGAUAUGGUUUGAAUGGACCGAAAAUGGUUGAAGACCACCACCACAAAAUAGAUGCUGUUGAUGAACUAAUAAUGAACUGUGUUGAUCAAAAAGCUAGUGGUAUGUGCAUGUUCUGGCCAAGUGAACAGUACACGCAAAGAAGUGUAAAGACUGGCUAUACUACACUAGUUACAAACAAUGAGUGUUGUAACAUGCCAAAAACAUGCCAAGGAUGAAGGACUGCCAAGAACAUGCCAAAGAAAGGGAGAAAUGCCAAGAUUCAGAUAAACACCAAGAAGACUACUGUAUUUUUCGCUCUAUAGGACUCACCGACCAUAAGAUGUACAGUGGUGCCCCGCAAGACGAACGCCUCGCAAGACGGAAAACCCGCUAGACGAAAGGGUUUUCCGUUUUGGAGGCGCUUCGCAAAACGAAUUUCCCUAUGGGCUUGCUUCGCAAGACGAAAGCCCAUAGGGAAAUCUCCGGGACCUCUUUUAAAUGCUAGCGGUGGGGAGCAAAGCCUUCCCCCGCCGGCCUCCCGAAGCGGCCCAGGAAGGCUGGCGGGGGCCGAAAGGCUUUGCUCCCCACCGCCAGCAUUUUAAAAGCAGUCCGGGAUAGCAGGGAAGCGCUUCCCGCUAUCCCGGACGGCUUUUGAAGGCAGGAGAGGUCCGCGAAGCCUGGGCGCGCUGAUCUCAGCGCGCGCAGGCUUCGGCAUGCCGGCAACUCUCCGCAAGCAGCGGCAGCGCUGCCGCUGCUCGCGGAGAGGUCCGCGGAGCCUGGGCGCGCUGAUCUCAGCGCGCGCAGGCUUCCGCAUGCCGGCAACUCUCCGCAAGCAGCGGCAGCGCUGCCGCUGCUCGCGGAGAGGUCCGCGAAGCCUGGGCGCGCUGAUCUCAGCGCGCGCAGGCUUCGGCAUGCCGGCAACUCUCCGCAAGCAGCGGCAGCGCUGCCGCUGCUCGCGGAGAGGUCCGCGGAGCCUGGGCGCGCUGAUCUCAGCGCGCGCAGGCUUCGGCAUGCCGGCAACUCUCCGCAAGCAGCGGCAGCGCUGCCGCUGCUCGCGGAGAGGUCCGCGAAGCCUGGGCGCGCUGAUCUCAGCGCGCGCAGGCUUCGGCAUGCCGGCAACUCUCCGCAAGCAGCGGCAGCGCUGCCGCUGCUCGCGGAGAGGUCCGCGAAGCCUGGGCGCGCUGAUCUCAGCGCGCGCAGGCUCGGCAUGCCGGCAACUCUCCGCAAGCAGCGGCAGCGCUGCCGCUGCUCGCGGAGAGGUCCGCGGAGCCUGGGCGCGCUGAUCUCAGCGCGCGCAGGCUUCGGCAUGCCGGCAACUCUCCGCAAGCAGCGGCAGUGCUGCCGCUGCUUGCGGAGAGGUCCGCGAAGCCUUGGCUGGACAGCUUUGAAGGCAGGUGGGGGACAAAGACUUUCGCCCCCGCCAACCUUCAGAAGAGGUCCAGGACCUCUUCUGAAGGCUGGCGGGGGCAAAGUCUUUGUCCCCCUGCCUGCCUUCCCAGGGGCUUUAAAUUGCCCCGGACAGCGGAGAAGUCCUCCGCUGUCCCGGGCAAUUUUAAAAUGCCGCCCGCCAGCAUUUUAAGAUCGCCCGGACCGCGGAGAAGCCCUCCGCUGUCCCGGGGUUUUUUAAAAUGCUGGGGUGGGUGGGAAGAAAAGCCCUUGUCCCCCCCCCCCAGCCUUCAGAAGAGGUCGGGGGACAGACUGUCCCCGGACCUGGUCUGAAGUCGGUUUCCCUAGGAACGCAUUAAUUGAUUUUCAAUGCAUUCCUAUGGGAAACCGUGCAUCGCAAGACGAAAAACUCGCAAGAAGAAAAAACUUGCGGAACGAAUUAAUUUCGUCUUGCGAGGCACCACUGUAUCUAGUUUUAGAGGGGGAGAACAAGAAAAAAAAUAUUCUCUCCCUCUCUGCUCAGCGUCCCUUCAGUGAAGCAGCAGGAGAAACGGAGCCCCUUCCAUUUCUCCUCCCGCUUUGCUGAAGGGGUGCUGCGCAGAGAGGGAAAGCUGUGCAGCGCCUCUCCAGCGAAGCGAAGCCAGGAGAACAAAAGGGAUUGGUGUGCACCAAUCCCUCUUGCUCUCCUGGCUUCAGUGAAAGCAACGUGAAGCCUCUGUAGCAUAGCAGGAGCUCCCGGAGGCUUCGGGCGGCUAUCCCUGAAGCCAGGAGAGCAAGAGGGGUUGGUGCACAAUGACCCCCCUUGCUCUCCUGGCUUCAGCGAAAGCAACGUGAAGCCUCCGGGAGCUCCCGCUGCGCUCCGGAGGCUUUGCGUUGCUUUCGCUGAAGCCAUGGAGCAUGCAUUCGCUCCAUAAGAUGCACACACAUUUCCCCUUAUUUUUUGGAGGGGAAAAGUGAGUCUUAUAGAGUGAAAAAUACAGUCUAUAAGAUGAGACUUUUCAGAUGGGUCUGUGUGUCAGAUGCAAAUAGGAUUCCGCUGUCUGGUCACCCAUAGCUUUUACUGAACUGAGUGCAUAUUCCCUGUCUUGUUAUAUGUUAUGUUUGUUAACCAAUUAAGCAGUAUUAUAUAGAAAUUCCAAUAUAUAUUGGUUGUCUGAGGUUACUUGCAUUUUCCUAGGGUGCACUGGGUCUCAUCUAUGUUAAACACCUAAACAGAUAAAAGAAAUUGGCUCCACCUCUUAGUGGGGACGCGUUGUGGGCGAGCCACCAAGCCUUCCCCCUCAGCGUGGGGGCAGGACCGUGACCCGCCUUACACUGGGGAGGCCUGGCCAUGCCGGUUAGCCAGGCGGCCAAUCAGGCUGCUGGGGGCCACUUUAAACAACGGUGCGGCGCUGAAUCGCCCCUUUUCAGCCUCAUGCUGCAGAUCUCUCGCCUUCCCACCCUUUGUUAAGGUUGCGUCAUUGGCCUUGCUAUGGACUUCAGUUGGUCGCCGUUGGGGGGCCUGGUAGGAAUUAUUCCACUUGGCAAAUUGGCACUGGCCACUUGACUUGGUUUUUGCCUACCUCGUAGCAAUCGUCACAACUUUUAGGUGGUUAGGCAUUGGAAUAGCAAUGUGGGGGGGGGGAGCCAUCACCUGCCCCUCCGUGCUCAAGGGUAUUCAGUUAAAGGAAUCUGGGGGUAUGGAUCUCGUCCGAAGCCCGGGGAGGGGCUAGGGCCAUGCUACGACCCCAGUGGGAACCCAGGGGGUGCUCAAGUUGAUCCACAUCGGUGGGGCUCCCCCUACUGGUGGUUUACCCUUACCAGACUCCCUGCAAGGUGGGCAGGAUAUAGUCUGUUGAUGCCAAUGCCUAAGCCACUACCGCUCACAUUCUGUAACCAAUAAAGUUGUGGCCUAAAUUUUGCCCAUUAACAUUAACCUAAAAUUCUGUGUCCUUGUGCCUUUAUUCUCAUGGGGGUGGCUUGGGGCUUUGACACACAACCUAUUUGGUCAUAAUGAUAACACCACUUUGUUUUGGAGUAAUACCAUACAAUUAUAUAUAAAUGGAAAGAUAAUUUAAUGAAGAAUGCAAUGCAACAAAGUUUAUUCAACUAUUUGUAUUCUAUCAAAAGUUAUAGCCAAAUAACCAGAAAAAGGAAGCACAACUUGCUUAGGUUGAUAUGCAGUAGCUUUCCUUCAUUUGAAUGUAGCCAAUGAGUAUGAGUGUUUAGAGAGCCAAUCAGGUGUCAUCUUGUUUUGGUAUUGCUGGUGGGGGGGGGGGAGAGCGGUGUUAUGAGCCAUGAAACCUUGGAAAUACACUUUUCCCAAAAGGUUUCCACAAUUUUGGCCACUAGUGUAGAUGCCUUAAUAUUUUACAUUAGGAAGACGGGAAAGCAUCUGACAGGUCAGACUGUCUGUACAUCUGUCCCAGUAUUUUUUAACUAGCUGGCAGUAGGCAGCCGGCACUCCGCAGUCUUUCCCAUCACCAUCUGAUGGUUUUGGCCUGAGAUGCUGAUGCUUGAACUAGGGACUUUUUGCAUGGAAGGCAUAUGUGCUAUUACCACUCAGUUAUAGCCUCUCCCUUGUGCUCUCUUAUUGGGGGGGGGGGAAUGCACUAGGAAAUAAUUAAGGAGCCCCUACUCCCAGCUGUUAUUUAAAAAGGGGAGAUGGGACAGAUGAAGAUGUAUUUAACAUCAUGUCUACUUUGGCCCCCAGUGGUAACUAGAAUAUAUUGGCUCCAUCUAAAUGUCCACUUUCUGGCUGGUGCUUGCCUUUAAUUAAGCCAAUAAUGAUUGGUCAUUGACAUUAUGUUCCCUAAGGAUUAUCUCCAAAUGACCACACAGAAAUCAUAGAAUCGUAUCAUUGUAGAGUUGGAAGGGAUCCCAAGGGUCAUCUAGUCCAACCCCCUGCAAUGCAGCGCUCACCCUGUUGGGGAAACAUAUUUUAAUUUUAGAUGUGGAUUCAUUGAACUAAUUAUUUUAUACUUUUCAGAAUAA